AUGGCUUCCCACAGAUCUCGUCGCAUUACGAAGGAGCUCGCGGAUAUCCACGCGGAUAGCCAGUCGCAAAUCGGGGCGGAACCUGUGGGUGGUGAUGAAGAUAUCACCCAUCUUCGCGGUUCAUUCCCUGGUCCCCCAGGUACUCCAUAUGAAGGAGGCACAUACUACAUUGAUAUCAGGAUCCCUCUUGAAUACCCAUUUAAGCCGCCAGUUAUGAAAUUCGAGACCAAGAUCUGGCAUCCCAAUGUUAGCAGUCAAACAGGCGCGAUUUGCCUCGACACCCUAUCAAGCGCGUGGUCACCAGUCUUGACCGUUAAAUCUUCCCUUUUGUCGCUACAGUCCUUGCUCAACACACCCGAGCCCAAGGACCCUCAAGACGCAGAAGUCGCCAAAAUGCUUCUCCACAACCCGAAAGAGUUUGAGCGCGUUGCCCAACAGUGGGCAGUGAUGUAUGCAGGAGCUCCGCAAAAUAACGCAGCUGAGGGUAGCGCGGGCGAAUCUCUUCGGGGACAGGAGCAGGGACAACAAAAGGACGAUCUGGCAAAAUAUGAUGGAUACAACAAAGACCUAAUUGACCGGUUCUGCAGUAUGGGAUUCGACGUCGAGCGAGUCGUUGGUGCUUUCAAGUACGUUGGAAUUGACCGGUCUGAUGGGGAGGAUUAUGAGCUGGGCGAAGAGGAAAUGGGCGAUAUCACUGCAAGGCUUCUGGGAGAGUCAUGA